CCACCGCGAAUGCCAGCCGUCCGUUCCAGAUCCAACGUCCGUAAACGCCAGCGCGUCAGGGCCAUGCUCACUGGCGCGGUGGCGCCACUUCCCCGUGCUCCCGGGUGCCGACACCGACAGGCAGCGGCGCCGACGCCCGUCACGCGACCGCUUGGCCCGCGCCGCGCACGCGCACGGCGCCACCUAACCCCCCUCGCCUCGCGCCACCUCGGCGCAGCCAUCCCCUCCGCGGUAAUUAAGCUAAAGCUUGCUUGGCUCCUCCUCGCCCGGCGGCGGCGGGAGAUGGCGGCGGCGGGGGCGGCUGCGCUGCGGCGGCUGGGUGUGCUGCUGCUCCCCUUCCUCGCCGUCGCGGCCUGCCUCGACGUCCCUUCCCAUGGGUGCUAUUGGACUGGGUGCCAAAGCAAAUGGUUUGGAGUAUGCGCUGCUCGCCACUUCUUGGAUUCUCAAUCAGACGAUUGUGAUGGUCUCUGCAUGGAGUCAAAAAGCCCUCCAUGCCUUCCACUCCACACACAUUUCUAUUGCUGCAAACCAGGAAUCCCAAAGGUAACAAACAAAUGUGGACAUUGCAAGAGCAAGCUGGAUUUUGGCAAAGAGUUUAUAUGCUGCACUGAUUGCUCUGACCCAACCAUUAUGGACAAGAAUACCAAACUGGGUUACUGCAAAAGUGGUGCUGACUUAACAAUGCAAUUAAAACCACAAGAAACUUUUCACUGGGUUGCUGGCCCCUGGAUGAUAUGCUCCUCACCAUGUGAUGGUGGUGUUCGAUAUCGUGAUGUUGCUUGUUAUGGAAGUCUGGAUGAUAGCACGAUCAAACACUACCCUGUGGAUGAUGCAAGCUGUUCUGCAGAUGAGAUGCCUGCAAGACAGGAAGCAUGUAAUCAGCAGAGCUGUAGCGAUCCUGAGAUGACACAGUCGAUGAAUCCCAAGAGAAGUGGAAUGUCCGGUUGGUUGGUAGCAAUGGUUGUUGUCCUAGGUCUUGGUGCACUUGGUGGCAUUGCAUUUAUCAGCUACACUUAUUACAGGAGGAGAACCUCUGGGCCCAGUGGUUUCGUGUAUGUCAUGAUGGAAGCUUAUUCUUGAGGGUUGAGUGGACCGUUUGCCUGUAAGCCUGCGAGCAGUCAGACUGUAGAAUAUAACUAGAAUUGGAGACAACCGGUUGUUCAUUCUUUGGUGUGCGGUUUCUGUCGUCAGGAAUGGUUUGUCAAUCUCUUCCAGCUGAUUCAUGUGCAGCCAGAGUAGACUGUGCUGGGUGCAGCUGGGGAGUUUUGCACACGUCUGUAGUUGCCAAGGCUGUGCAUCCAGGAGCUGGGGAUCUGUCAGGAAGGAUGUCUAAUUCGCUGUUAUAA